GGAGUGUGUGUGCGGGUGUGUGUGUGCGGGAGUGUGUGCGCACACGCCUUCAGGGGCUGGAGUGACACUGCAGUGGGCUUCUCCCUAGCCCCAGCCUUCCGGCGGCUCAGCCCCUAACCUGCCGGCCCCGCUUUUGGGAAGCUUCUUGGCUCUUCCAUCUUCCCAAGCCUUUCUCUCCAUCCUUUCAUCCACCCCUCGCCGAUCUUACUUUUUCUUUUACCCACGGGGCCGCGGCCGGCCGCCCCCUAGCCGGGGCAAACACCCAAGCCGUCUCCAGUUCUCUCCCAAGCCAGUGUUUUCCCACUUGUCUUUUUCUGGGGUUCCUCCACGAGCCAGUCCAAGCCUCCUCCAUCCUCGGAAAUUGUUUUGUUGGACUGCUAAACCGAGGCGUGUAAAGCUUGAGGACUUUAUUAUUAUUUGGGUUCUUUUCAUUUCUUCCCCUUCUGGGCAACGGAGCAAUGAAAUUUCCAAUCGAGACGCCAAGAAAACAGGUGAACUGGGAUCCUAAAGUGGCUGUUCCCGCAGCAGCACCAGUGUGCCAGCCCAAGAGCGCCACUAACGGGCAACCCCCGGCUCCCGCUCCGACUCCGACUCCAACUCCAACUCCGCGCCUGUCCAUUUCCUCCCGAGCCACAGUGGUAGCCAGGAUGGAAGGCACCUCCCAGGGGGGCCUGCAGACCGUCAUGAAGUGGAAGACGGUGGUUGCCAUCUUUGUGGUUGUGGUGGUCUACCUCGUCACCGGCGGUCUCGUCUUCCGGGCAUUGGAGCAGCCCUUUGAGAGCAGCCAGAAGAAUACCAUUGCCUUGGAGAAGGCGGAAUUCCUGCGGGAUCACGUCUGUGUGAGCCCCCAGGAGCUGGAGACGUUGAUCCAGCAUGCCCUUGAUGCUGACAACGCAGGAGUCAGUCCAAUAGGAAACUCUUCCAACAACAGCAGCCACUGGGACCUCGGCAGUGCCUUUUUCUUUGCGGGAACUGUCAUCACCACCAUAGGAUAUGGGAAUAUUGCUCCGAGCACAGAAGGAGGAAAAAUCUUUUGUAUUUUAUAUGCCAUCUUUGGAAUUCCACUCUUUGGCUUCUUAUUGGCUGGAAUUGGAGACCAACUUGGAACCAUCUUUGGGAAAAGCAUUGCAAGAGUGGAGAAGGUCUUUCGAAAAAAGCAAGUGAGUCAGACCAAGAUCCGGGUCAUCUCAACCAUCCUGUUCAUCUUGGCUGGCUGCAUUGUGUUUGUGACGAUCCCUGCUGUCAUCUUUAAGUACAUCGAGGGCUGGACCGCCUUGGAGUCCAUUUACUUUGUGGUGGUCACUCUAACCACGGUGGGCUUUGGUGAUUUUGUGGCAGGGGGAAACGCUGGCAUCAAUUAUCGGGAGUGGUAUAAGCCCCUAGUGUGGUUUUGGAUCCUUGUUGGCCUUGCCUACUUUGCAGCUGUCCUCAGUAUGAUCGGAGACUGGCUACGGGUUCUGUCCAAAAAGACAAAAGAAGAGGUGGGUGAAAUCAAGGCCCACGCAGCAGAGUGGAAGGCCAACGUCACGGCCGAGUUCCGGGAGACAAGGCGAAGGCUCAGCGUGGAGAUCCAUGAUAAGCUGCAGCGGGCGGCCACCAUCCGCAGUAUGGAGCGCCGGCGGCUGGGCCUGGACCAGCGGGCUCACUCGCUGGACAUGCUGUCCCCAGAGAAGCGCUCUGUCUUCGCCGCCCUGGACACGGGCCGCUUCAAGGCCUCCUCCCAGGAGAGCAUCAACAACCGGCCUAACAACCUACGCCUCAAGGGGCCGGAGCAGCUGAACAAGCACGGGCAGGGCGCGUCCGAGGACAACAUCAUCAACAAGUUCGGCUCCACCUCCAGACUCACCAAGAGGAAAAACAAGGACCUCAAAAAGACCUUGCCCGAGGAUGUUCAGAAAAUCUACAAGACCUUCCGGAAUUACUCCCUGGAUGAGGAGAAGAAGGAGGAGGAGACGGAAAAGAUGUGCAACUCAGACAACUCCAGCACAGCCAUGCUGACGGACUGUAUCCAGCAGCACGCUGAGAUGGAGAACGGGAUGAUACCCACGGACACCAAAGACCGGGAGCUGGAGAACAACUCAUUACUUGAAGACAGAAACUAAAUGUGAAGGACAUUGGUCUUGGACUGAGCAUUGUGUGUGUGUGUGUGUGUGUAUGUGUGUGUGUGUGUGUGUGUGUGUGUGUGUUUUUAAUAUUCACACUGAGACAUGUGCCUUAAACAGACUUAUUAGUCCAAAAUUACAUAGCAUUGAAGAAUAUAUUUCACUGUGCCAUAAACAACUGAAAACUUGCUCUGCCAAAAGGAAUCAAAGAACAAGAACAUUUCAGAUAGCAGCCAUGGGACGCACCGAGAGUGUCUGUGCAUGUAGCCGGUUCUGCCUGUACAUGUUAAGGGCGUUUCAGUGGCAGUGCCGUAUCCCUGGGCAGUGCCACCUGGGCACACACAUGGACAAGGGCAGCUAUUCCUUAGACCACCCUCCUGAAAGAAACAGGUGUGUCUUUUUGGUGGAGUCGUUAGUGAUAUGUGCACACGCAGAAGGGGACCUGGUUGGGGGUGAACUGUUUAUGGGUAACAAGGGUUGCGGUUGACAUUUUGUUAUGUUCUCUGAGCUGGAAUUUUGAUACACACCAUUCAGUGCAUAAUACCUAGUCUUUCUAUGCUCCCAAUGAAUGUCUGUGGGACCUGAGAGCGCCUGGAAUUUGUUGGAAGCAGAUCAGAGUACGUGUAUUAAAAGGUGCAAUUGCUUUUCUCAUGACAAAGGGAAAAAAAUAAUCACAAACACAUCACACUGUGGAUAUCACCUUCACCAAUGACGGAAGCCUGCUGAGUUUGGUCUUUCUCACGGGGGUAGGUGGUCCUCAUGAACUGGCGAGCAUUGGUGAAAACGCGACAUCCGCCGCUGCGUGGUUAAAGGCCAGUCGUGCAUUUUCCUCUGGGUGCAAUGGUGACAAUAAACCGAUUUGGAAAUGUCCAUGUUCACUUUCCUAAUGGAACUUUGGUUAUAACUUGUCUUGAUAAGAGCGGGAGAAAUACCAAAACAAUUGCCUUGCAUGAUGCCAGUGGCUUGCUGUUCUGUCUAGCUGAUCCUACAUUUUUAUAAAAAUAGACAUCCCGCAUUUCUGAGACGUACCGAGGAGGACCGUGGCAUCUUUCCAUCUCAGGGCUUUUCGUCCCUUGGGUGUCUUAGGGUAGACGUAGUUAUAAGAUCCAAUCUCGCUAUCUCCAAACAAAAAGAAAAUGUACCCCUUGUACAGUAAGCUUGAAAUGUUUUGAUUGCUUGCAGCAUAAGUGCCAUUAACUCCGUUGAACAAUGAUAUUUAGAAAUACUUAAACGAUUUCAUUUUACUUUUAUGUUUGGGCAAUCCUUUAUUCUGAAAACGCCACUUCUUCUCCUUGCCUGUUUCUUCAUCUCACAUCGGUUAUUCACUAAAACCAGAACACCCCUAGACUGAUUGUUCCCAGGCAAACGAUAAGCUAACACAUCAUAAUUGUGAUUGGUCUGUGAGGCUAGAACAUCCCGUAGAGGAAAGUUGGGGAGUGGCUAGUCAUAGGCUUUGAGAUGAUAAUCUUCAAUGGGUUUUUAUCAGAAAGGGGAAAAUACAUACUCCUGUGUAUGCCUCAGUCUUCAUCAUAAUUGUCUGGUUCAAAGCUAGCUCUUUGGGCCACACAUGAAAGCAUCCGGACCUGGCAACACCAGGAAGUUGCUGGUUCUGGGUGUUCUAGGCUUGCUGUCACCUUUUAGAGAGUUCGUAGGAUUUUACAUAACUAAGCUGCAGUGUGGAUUCACCAAAAGUUCAGAGCACUAGCUGGGACUUCCAGAAACUGUCUAAUGCUGUCUGACCUCUAGAGAAAGUUGUACCCACGAUAUCCUUGACCUGGUACCAUAGAAGACCUGUCCCUGCCCAUUUCUCAAAAAUGCCCAGCUCUUCCCUGCCUGGAGCACAUGCAGUCCCCUCUCCCUGCCCCCAGACCUUCAGGCUCUGUUGAAGUUCUGGCAUUGCCUUUGAGAAGGAGCCAGAUAAGAAUCAGCUUUGAUGAGGCCCUUCCUGUCCAAGGAGGGUCUAAGUCAACUCCUCCGCUGGGCUGGAGAUGGGGCUGAGGGGUGACAUCCUGUGUCGACACAGUAAUAAAUAGUCACUUGGGAGGCAAUGUUUAUGCAGGUAUGGAUGUUGAGUUUUGCUAUGGAAAUCAUUCCAGCCUGACAAAAUGUAUUUUAAGGAAUAGGUAGAUAACUGGGACAUCCUCUGUAUUCUAGCAAGUCAAAGUUUCCUAAUUAAACUGCCCAUGGAUCUCACUAAUUUGGGCUUCCACCGUGUUACCUGGUACCUUCUUUGUAGUAAUGUGUUAAAAUUCCAGGCCCUACAACCAAAUCUGGCAGUGCCAGACUCAUUUGUGCAGUGCCUUCUGUGGGCGAGGCACAGGAUUAGGCACUUUAUGAACGUCAGCUCAAUAAAACCUCACGACACUCUGUGGGAAGUAUUUGCAAACUCAUUAUAUACACAAGGACACAGAGGCUCAGGGAAGCUAUGUAAUGUACCCAGUGGCACACAGCAAGAAAGUGGUAGAGCUGGUAUUCAAAGUCUGACCAAAGUCUGGUUUCAACUUCGCUAUAGUGUCUGUGUCAUACACCCUUGUGAAUACGUGUGUUUGUGUGUAUGUGUGUCUUUGUAGCUUCAUGGACACAGCUUACAGAUGUGGGGAGCAGAUAUGGAGGAAUCUUCACCACCAACAGGGCACAAGGUCUUUGUGUAAACAUGGCUUGGAGGGUUGCCCCUGCAGACACCUACUGUACAUUUAUUUGGUUUUGGUUUUGGAAAUUCUGUGUGUGGCACCCUUUCCCUAUUGUUAAAAAUGCCCUUUGAAAGCACUCUUUUGCACUUUAUUUGCUAACUUUGUAGGAACUCUGCAUACAGCAGGAAAAAAUAGUUCAAAGCACUAAGCUGCAUACUCUACCAAAUGGAACAGGUGCAUGUGUUGGUGUGUGCAUAGAUCUUCACCAAAUGAGUCAAAUCAGUCAUAUAGAGGGAUCAAACGUAGCCUUGGGCUGGCAGUGGGGAAAUUUUCUGCAUAACUCAUUCCCUGAGUACAUUUGUCCAAGGACCGGAUGAACAGAAUCAAAGAAGAUCCUCUAUGGAGAUUGAUCCAUUAAAUAUUUGUGCAAAGUGUUUAGAAACCUACAAAAUAAUCUCGCAAGAAGCUGAGAGAGAACAAGAAGUGGGAUUCCUCUUCACAUAAACUAAGAUUUUGGGGGAGGCCAGUUGUUUUGAAGUUACUUAAAUGUUACCUUUUUAGAUGGGGCCAAAUUGCAUGUAGAAUACACGUGAUAAGGCAACGCUGCUAUGCAGUCUACACGCACGUCAGCACAGCCCUCCCUUUCCAGUCUGCACGCCCACUGCACCAUAAAUCUAGGAGAAAUGUUUUUCAUUUCGCACAUGGAAAGCGCACACAUCCGCCAUCUUCAGUGGGUGGGAUUUUUUGCUUCACCAGCAACUGGGCACCAAAUUUUUCAUGCAUGACAGAUCUGGAGGUUUACUGGUGAGAGAGAGGUGAGAGAGCCAAUGGGAAAUUUGGAAAGAGUACAGCUCCAUACCCAGUCCUAACCUGAUAGUGUAUACUUUGUGUGUGUGUGGGGGGGGGGCGUUGGGGUGGUGUUGGGCCAUCUCUGGCCCGUUACUAAGGUAACUGGGACUAUUUGUGCUUCACCAGUCAUAUCCUGUGAUUGUGGGCACAUCAGUUCCCUGUCUAGAUAUCUGUUACCUUGUCUGCACAUCAAGGGAGUUGAGCACACAUACUUGUCAAGGGCCAUUGGAGUAGUGCAGUUCUCUAAGAAACACUCCCUAGUCCAUGAGUUCAUUAAAUUUAUUAAGAAAGUUAUAAGUUGGAUUUGUGAAUACCGACUAAUUGUCUUGCCCAUUUUAGGUUAAAGUAAGAGCUUAGUCUCCUGCCCUUUGGGAUUAUAUUUUUUGGGGGAUUGAUGGAGACCAGAUGUACUUGGGAGACUGGUGUCCAAAUUUGGAUCAUGCCCUGCGUAGGCUCUUUCUGUCCUCCCUUAUAGCUUUUGAGUGUACUGUCAGUGGGUGGGAUCAUGCUGUGAGGGCAUUUUUUGCAUGGUGUUAAGACUAGUUAAAGAAUUUUAAGCUGUUGCCAUUUGCAGUCAAUUGUAGUACUUUACGUAUCAUGAAUUCAAGUACUAUGAUCAGACAGACCUCUCUCUUACACACACACACACGCACACACACACACAUGCACGCGCAAACACACACAUGCACACCCCAGAGGAAAUGGCUGCUUUGGGUCCUAUAAGGACCAUUCCAUGUUUAAAGACCUAGUUGAGCUAAAUAUUAAGAAAUCGCCCCCUUGCCUCCCUCUGAGAAGAUAUCAUUUCCUGGCUUUGUCAAUGCUGCCUGUCUAUUUGCAUGCUGGGUUUUGCCGACUAGUGAGAAGGUGGCCAGAGUUUGGGUGGGGCUGGGUUUUACCUGCUAGAUUUGUGAGAAUGUGAAGCAUCCAGUGAAUACCAGGGUUUCUGAACCAUGGGAAAGGCAUAGGAAAACAAACAUUCGGAGCCCUGUAAAAUGAGAAAGCAAAAACCAGCCAGUGUUACAUUCCGUAUCUCUGCUUGUUGCAUUUUGCUAAUAUGGGGUUAUUCUUUCUCAGUGUUAUGAUGCAAUUGUGUGCAAAUCAGUGGCUGAGUGAGCAGUAACAGCUGGCUAGUAAUGGCCUUAAAAAGAAAAAGGGUAACUCUAAAACAAAAAUGAAUUUAAUGUGGUAUUAUGGAUGCUGUUAAUUCGCAUAUGGAAACUUUGGAACAGCAUGCUAAUUACAUGGCUGUAACCAAAACCCUGCCCUCUGCCCCUGCACCAUACCUUCACUGAACUUCCCCAACCCACCCAUACUCCAUGUAAACCUCAGUUCUCCCAUGGCUGUCAGAAGUUACAUGACAUUAGUGCCAUGGCAUUGAGGAGAAAUGAGAGGUGUCUCUGAUUUUACUGAAAGUGAUUAUCAUUUUCACAGGUGCCUGAGAUUUGGUAUCUACUUUGUGUUCUUGAUUCUUAAGUGAAAAAUCUCAAAUAGUUCCCUGUGCAUUAAAAAAAAGAUUAUUUUGAGAGGACUCCUGCUCCAUCGAUUCAGCAGACCUGUGCUGCAGAAGGUAACUGCGGAACCUCUCCUUUGCUGUCAGGGCUCUGAGCUUGAAGGGAGGAGGUGCAGUGGUGCCUAGAAGUGAUAUACAAACCACCUCACAUGCCAGCCUCUGGCCUCUUUCCCGUCCCAGAAUCACAGGCAGGGGACCCAGUGACAGUGACGAUAAGUCCAUGUGUGGAGGUGUUUUACUUAUUUUUCUCUCUGUAGGAUUUCAUGGUGCUUUUAAAAAAAGGCAUUUUACAGAAAAUAAUGCGGGGGGAGGGGGAUUUCGUAAUGUUCUUAGGGAAAGUACAAAACAAAUUUGCUUGUAACAUUUCAAUGAGCUGUGCUGCUACUGUCUUUAUUUGAUGAUGUAAUUUUUUUUCAAUAAUGGAGAAAAUUGCAACAAAGACCUUCUGGAAGAUCCA